UACACCAGAAUAUGGAAUUUGUCCGUAGCUUGUCCGAGUAGACUUCGAAAUCGUUUGACCAUCACAGACUAUAGCUCGCUUGUUAUUAAGGAAGCUACCAUUGAUGAUAGUGGAACCUAUGGAUGYACUCUUAAUCUAACUAAUGGGAGAGCUUUAACAAGUCGUUCUGAGCUUAUUGUCACAGAAACUCCAACCAUUACAGUGCCUCGCACGGUAGUACGGCGUGAAGGCCAAGACUUGAGUAUCAAGUGUACUUCCCAUGGCAAACCUACCCCAUUUGUCAAGUGGGUUCGGUUAACCGCAGGAAAUAAAGCUAUUCUAUACAGUCAAGGAGACGGUAGUGCUAUACUCAGCAUUCGUAAUGUGCGAAGAGAGGUUAACGGCACCUAUGAAUGUCAGGCGUCUAAUAACCCAGAUAUCAUUGUCAAAAAUCAGACUGAUGUACUAGUGCAGUAUCGUCCAAGCAUCGACUCAUCGACAUCCUCUCCGAUAUCGGUAUCUUCUUGGGAUAAUCGCACCGUGAGCCUACGAUGUAUGGCCAGUGGUAAUCCUACUCCUGAAUUCACGUGGUCWAACCCUGACAAAGUCCCUAUUAAAUAUGGCGUCAGUCCAUUAAAAGGCGGUAGCCUUCUUACAAUACAAACUAAGUCUAAAACAGACUACGGUCAAUAUCGAUGUCGUGCGUCUAAUAGGCAAGGUUAUGUCUAUGGAUAUAUUGACGUGAAGAGAAUUGUUGUGCCACAACCACCAAUCCUCUUAGACGUCACAAGUACAGUAUCCACCAUUGAAAUAAAAUGGAGACGACCAACCAUCGAUGGUGGGAGUGAGCUUAUAGAUUAUUAUGUAUCAAUUAGUACCAGUCCACCUCGUGGUGUAUCUAUUAAAGAAACGUCCCUUAUAAUCGCUGGCUUAGCAAAGUCUACCAGGUAUCGAGUCGACGUUUUGGCUAGAAAUAUUGUUGGCUACAGCAAUGCAACAAGUCGAUAUAUAUCAACAAAAGAGAAAGAUUGGUUCGCGGUUGAUGAGCAAAUAUCAGGACCUGUUGUGUUGGGUGUUUGUCUUCCUAUCAUAUUU